AUGCGGGUCGUGCUGGCCGAUACGAUCAACUUUUACUUGAAUCUCGAUCGAUCCGAGGCCGAGUUGGACAAUCUGGAAAACCCAGAAGCCGCGAUCGAGGACGAGCACCUAUCAGACGACGACCAAGACAACAGAGACCAGUCACCUGAGGCAAGAAGGGCCGAUCAACGUAAAGCCCGCGAAGAAAGAAUGCGUGCUGAGAUCGAAAGAGAAGAACGAGCACGAAUGGAAGAAGAAGAACGAGAGGAAAUAGAACAGCAGGAACGGGAACGGGCUGAUCGAGAGGAACAAGAACAGAUUGAACGGGAAGAGCGAGAGAGAAUUGAGAAUGAGGAACGCGAGGAACAAGAACGCCGAGCCCGUGAAGAAAGGGAACAAGCCGAAAGAGAAGCUCGCGCAGCCGCGGAACGAACGAAUCAAGAACGACGAGAGCAAUUGCGACGGGAAAUUCGGGCGCGACUUUUGCGUGAGAGAGAAGAACAACGGGUGCAUGAAGAAGGUCGGGAACAAGAGAGAGAGGAACGAAUGAGACGUGAGAAUGAACGAGUAAGAGAAGAGAAUGAGCAUGAAUUGAGAGAACGGUUACGACAGGAAAUCCGAGCCCAGAUCCUACGCGAAGAAAGUGAGAGACGAACGCGGGAUGGUAGAAAUCGACGAUCAGGACAUGACUCUGAGGAAAACCCCCAACCAAGAACAACAUCCUCAAGGCAUGGUACCCCGUUACCAAAUCGCGUCCGACAGUCACUGCUGACAGAUGACUCAGUCGAGCUUCGAAAGAGGGAUUUGGUCCGGAAAUGGGGCGUCGUAUUCAACGGGGAACGCGAUGUUCAGGAAUUCGUGGAACGGCUGGAGGAAUCAGCGGAAAGCUAUGGGUACGAGAUGGACCACCUAGUGCCAUGCAUCCCGAUUUUGCUCCGGGAAAAAGCGCUCCUCUGGUACAGGAACAACAAGAGAGAUUGGGUUUCGUGGGAAGACUUUGUGUCGGAUUUAAAAGCCUUCUAUUUGCCUCCAGGCCUCGAACUAGAGCUAGAAGAGCAAAUCCGGAACCGCGUACAGAGAUCAACCGAAACCGCGGCAGAAUAUGCAACCAGAUUGCAAACGCUAAUGAGAAGACACGGUCAAAUGACAAGCACAGCCCGGCUUACUCGUUUGUACCAUAAUUUGAGACCCGAGUAUCGCCGAUACAUUAAACGUACGGAAUUUACCACUGUUCCGGAACUUUUACGACUCGCAGGGGAAUAUGAACAACUCAUCGCACAGGAAAGAGCCCCUCCGGCCAAAGAAACCAAACAGCCACCCCGGAAACCGGUAAAGACCGCGACACCAGCACCACUCGAAAUUCUCGAGUAUAAUUGGCGAGAGUGUUGUUGGAGAUGUCGACAACGGGGACACACUAAGCCUGAAUGUACGAAUCAAUGGGUGAAAUUUUGCAUGCGUUGCGGAAAAAUGGGAACGUUUUCCCGAGACUGCCCGUGUCCACGUCAGGGAAACGCCGAGAGGACCGGAACACGCUCCCAAAACCGGUCCAUGAACCCCCAGGGAGCAGUCAAUCCAGGAACAACGCCAGCAACUCGCCAAUCAGCCAACCAAACAACAGUGUUUCAGCGAAAACCAGGCAGUUCCAGCCAACAGCCGUAA